AAGGACUCCUUUACUGAGCUUCCAGUAGUUCUCCACUCCUGACAGGACACAAGACUAGUUAUCUGUUUUAUCAUGGACGCCUCUCCACUUCGUGUGCAAAGUCAGGAUGAAAUCCACGCUUACACGCAGAGGGAGAACAAUGAGAAAAAGAGGAUGCCACUGGUGCCCAAGAACUCGAAGCUUGUGCCCAUGCCGAACUUUCCUAAUCGGGAUUUUGAGAACCAAGAUCCUGGGAGGGCGCUGCCCAUUCGGCCGAGUAGAAUUCCAGUGCUGGUGAAGUCUCUUCAUCCUCAAACUGCUUUUUAUGAUGCUCAGCAGGAACAGAGACACUUGGCUGUGAAAGCCAAGAAGGCAAAGUCAUGCGCCAGGCCUACUCCUUUCAACAUGUCUGGGCGUAGGAGUUUAAAAAUAAAUAUAACUUCAGAGACAAAAACUGAUGCUCAUGCUAUCCAGUCUGAAAAUGUUUUUUCAAAAACCAAGAAGGCAAAAGAGAAACCCAUGAAGUGUCUAGGUGUGUUAAAAAGCAAAGUAGCAGCAACAAAGGAGAAAUGUAGGUCUCAUGAAAUGGAGUCUGGCAACUUGAAUCCAUUAAAGACUGAAAAUGUGACACAUCAGAAGAUUUCCUCCUCUUCUGUUUGUUUUGAUAAGAUGACCCAUCUCACUCUCAAAGAUCCAAAUGAGAUCUCCAAUCCAAGUGGGGACCCACAGGAUAACCUCUCUAAAGACCCAUGUGACAUAGGUGAAGGAUUCCAGCCCAACAAGGCUGCUUUACUAAGUAUCGUUUGUAAUGAGGGUGUGAGCAUCUUCAGACAGGCAUUUGCAACUCCACAGUCAAAAUCUGAUGCCAUGUUUGUGACUUGGACUCAGGAUGAGCCACAACGACUGCCUGUUGCAAAGAGUCAUCAAAAAGCUGCUGCCAGUGCAAAGGAGAGAUUGAAGCCUGUAUUCCCUAUGUGUGCCAAAUCUCAAAACUCAUCUAGAAGAGACACUUUCAUUGACAAACCACACAGAGUUCCAACUAAUAAGAGUCUAGCAGCAGCAGAGAAAGCGAUGGAAUUUCAGCCCAAUCCCUCCUCUUUGCUAAAUAUCCUGCAUAAUGAGGACAUGUGCAUCUGCAGCCAAUCAAAUGCAACUCCACGCUCUCAAUCUUAUGCCAUGUUUCCACGUGGGUCUGUUGCUAAGACCCAUCAAAAACCUGCAGUGAGCCACAAUGACAAAGUGAGGACUGCAGGUCCCGUGCGUGCCACACCUCAAAAACCAUUUGACAGGGACACUUUUUUUGAGACACCACAGAGAGUUCCAAUUAAAAAGAGUCUAGCAACACCAGAUACAGAGUUCCAGACAGAUCCCUUCUCUUUGCCAAGUAUCCUGCACAACAAGGGCGUGUGCAUCUCCAGCCAAUCAAGUGCAACUCCACGUACUCAAUCUUACAGCAUGUUUCCACAACGAGUGUCUGUUGGAAAGAGUCGUCAAAAAGCUACUGCCAGCCAGAACAAAGGGGUGAAGGCAACAAUCUCUCUGCAUGUUACACCUCAAAAACCAUCUGAUAGAGGCACAUAUUUUGGCACAACUGAGUAUGAACGCUGCUUAGGUGCUAGGAUCAUUGGGACACACAAACCCCUCCACCAUGACAAGAUGACGGCUUCCAGGAUGAAAGUUGUCCAGACGCUAUUUGUUGAGCAGGAGGAUGGACUGGGCCCUGGCAAUGAGGAAGAGCAGCUUCCAGUUCUUCAAGCCUCCCCUAUUAAAAGCCACUGUAAAGACAAAGUGAAAAUGAACACCAUCUGGGGCAAUCAAGAGGCGCAGAUGAUUGAGGAAGCCCAGCAGUCCAUCCCAACCCUGCAAAGAGAGUCUGUAAUUUUUUUUCCCACAGGCGAGAAACAGUUACAUUUUGAGAAGCAUGAAAGCCUGACCUGUCAGGAGCAACCCAGUCAGGAAGUGUCUGAAGGGGUAGUAGUCUGUGAGCUUGUUGGUCACAUCAAGCCAGCGAGCCACAAUUUGCACAGAGACCAGAAGGCCCUUGUGACCAACACUGCACUUGCAUUGCUGCCCAAUAGUGUUUCUGCCAUUGUGGACCUACGUUUGGACCAGGAGGUUGCUUUCUACACCUCUCAUUCUCUUGUAGAUGUUGCCAGCUUCCUACCCUCUCAACACCGCUGUAGAGAUCCUGUGGCAUUCUUGCGCCACUUUGAAGAGUCCACUACUUUUCUUCCAUUGAGCUUGACUGCUUCUUCUCUGUGCUCCUCUCCAUUUCAAGAGAAAGAAUGACGUGAUGUGGAUCUCUCUGGAAGCACUAAUAAAGAUCCUCCGAAUGUUGGGGGGGACUGUGCAAACAAUGAUACUUCAGCUCCUCUCAUUGAAGAAAAGAAUUAUGAUUGUGAACUAAAUAAAGAACUGCGUUGUAGCUGCAGUAUAGGAUUGAUAGCAUUUGCUCUGAAUGAAGUUUGCUUGUCCCGUACCAAUGUUCUCCAGCCCUCCAAAACAAGACACUGGGCAAAGGACUAUGCUCAGAUGUGCUUGUGCUAAGGUGAAUACAUACCUAGAAACUGUUUUCUCAUUCUGUUGUCCUUGUGUGGACUAGCACUUUCUUUGACAAAUUAGAUUUUUUCAAUUUGUUUUUUUUUUAUAUAGCUUUUGGAAAUAAAAGAUUUUAUGGACAUG